UUCAUUCAAAUUAUAACUUUUUAUUCAAACUUUAAAUAAAUUUAUCAUGGAAACAAACUUGAGUUGAGACACAUGUCUGGCCCAAGUAGUGCUGGAAGUAUUGGAUUAGGACCAAUACGCGAGGAAGAUAGCACGAUCGAUGUACCAAAGAGCAAUGUCCCGCAAGAAGAUCUAGUUGAACUAUUACCAAAUGCGGAUGAAAGGACAAUAAACCUAAGUGACGAUGAGCGUGAUAUUGAAGAAAUAUCAUUUGGAAAGAGGAAAUUGACUUCAACUGUGUGGGAGCACUACAAAAGACAAAAAGUUGGUGAGAAAUGGAAGGCUGUAUGCAAUCAUUGCAAGAAACAGUGGGGUGAAACAAAAAAUGGUACAAAGCAUUUGCAUGAUCAUUUGAAGAGAUGUGUAUUCCGUUAUAAGGAUAAUACUCACCAAGUAACAUUAAAUUUCAAAAAGGAUGCCACGAGUGGUAAGGUCACAAUGGGUACUUACUCUUUCGAUCCAGAUAAGUGUAGAUAUAGUCUUUCGAAAAUGAUGAUUUUGCAUGAGUAUCCUUUGUCUAUGGUUGAUCACAUUGGAUUUCGAGAGUUUUUACACGACCUACAACCAUUGUUUAAGGUUCCUUCUCGCAACACUUUUAAGAGCGACAUUUUGAAAAUCUAUGAAUACGAGAGAGCCAAAAAUAUGAUUGCACUUGAAAAGAUUGAGAGUCGAAUUUCAAUCACUACGUCUCUUCUAAUCAAAAGAGAGGAUUCAUGGUUAUCAGUGCUCAUUUCAUAGAUGAUGCGUGGAAAUUACAAAGUCGAAUCAUGAGGUUUAUAUAUGUGUCAUGCCCACACACUGCUGAUGUGCUUUCAGAAACUAUAUUGAGCACCUUGAUGGACUAGAAUGUUGAUUGUAAGUUACUAACUUGGGCCGUAGAUGAUUGCACCACAAAUGAUGCAAUAAUCAAUAUUGUGUUAAGUCAACUUUGUACUAGUUCUCUUGUACUGAAUGGUGAAUUUUUUCAUAUGAGGUGUUGUGUACAUAUAUUAAAUCUUAUUGUGAAGGAUGGGUUUGACGUUAUUAGUGGUAGUAUUGAGAAAAUUCGUGAUAGUGUUGCUUAUUGGACAGCCACGUCAAAGAGAUCUGAAAAAUUUGAGCUCUUUGCACGUCAAUUGAAAAUUUAUUGUGAGAAAAAAUUGGCGCUUGAUUGUAAAAUAAAGUGGAAUUCAACCUA